UCGCCGCCAACUUGGUGCGCAGAGAGACGUAACGUGAUGCCGUCUGUCGUUGACUCAGAAUCGCCUUUGCACGACGCGCUAGAGUCUCUGGAGCGAGCAUCGCAAACACCCGCCAAACAGAGAACUGUCAAAGUUUCCGAAGUUGUCGACGCCAUCUGCAGUCAGGCCUUUGACCAUGGAUUGCAACAGGAUGAGUUGCGUCAAAUCAUAUACAUCAUCUCCAAUAAAACAGAACUGGACCAGACCAGCGUGACCACUCUGAUCAAAAAUCUCUAUCCCGCUCAAAGCAUCCCCGCCAAUGUCAUCAUUACUGUGGUUGGGGCGCUCGGCCAAGGCAGAGGCAAACCUACGCCUGGUACCCAGAACAACCUGGUCAAGUGGCUUGCCAUUGUCCACGAGGUGCUCGAGGACCCCGCCGUUCUCUCUCGUCUCUAUGGCGUUCUCUUCGGCAUGCUCGAUAUGAUUAGUAUCAGGACCUCCUUGUGCCAUCUGUUGUCGUUGAUCACCCGCCGGAAGCAUGUCAAACCGUUCCGCAUACAAUAUCUGCUUGAUUUCUCUCGCAGUCUCGGCAACGAGCCUGCACUGCAAGGCCUCCUCCGCAUUUACAAGGAUUAUUAUCCCGAUAUUCUCCUCGGAAGCACUUCCACGAGCCGCAAUUCGUUUGCUCCGCAACCCGAUGUCGAAUGGCGAACUCGGCUGCUUGCAAUACAAGACCGUGAUGCGGCAGCUACAGAUACCACAGGCCAGCACAAUGGUUUCAGAGUCCUGAGGAAAGCACCUCAACACAUCAAGAAUCGAAUCAUCCCAGACGUGCAUACGUUCUACACAAAUGAAGCUUCUGUGACCUUGGAAGGAAUCGACAAUGUGGACGAUUUCGUUGGGAAGCUGGACAAAAUAGAUCCACCGGGGCAGCUCAUCUCGUUUCUUACAGAUCCUUUACUACAAAAAUACGUCAAUUUGAAACCCUCCCCUAUUCUGGAGCGUCGUAUUGAGUUGUGGCUAUCGAAUUGUCUCGAGGAGCACUACAAUGAUACCAAGGAAGGUACAAUUGACAGUAUCUCUCUCUCGGAAAUAUUGGACGGGUUACUCAAGCAUGCCCAAUAUACAAAGAAACUCAUGCCUAUUGUUGAGACGUUCUUGAGGGAAUACCUUACAAUUUGGGACGGUCUGAAUGAUCUCGAGACAUUGUUGAGUCUGGUGUCUUACAUACCAAUACAACCUUUCCAAAGUGCUUACACAGCCUUUCUUCAGUCAGUAGAGCGGGCACUCACGACUCAAAACACAAGUGGCCACAGCCAAUUGUUACAUUUCUACACCGAUCUCUUCCGACAAUGGUCCAUCCGCGCAUCUCCACAAGCCAAGAAACCUCAUUCAGCUUUCGCAGGCUCAGAUCAAACCUCGCUCAAGGACCUGGUUUCUCACGUCUCUCACCUCUCAACAUCCCUCCUCCUCGCCCUCCCCAUUGGACAUGAAACCCAAAUAACUUCCACCAUUCUCUCCUUUUUCGAACUCGUCGCCACAUCCUCAACCCCACACCGCAUUCCCAUCCUCCUCCUCCCAACCCCCUUAAUUUCCCUCCUGGUGCUAACCCCAUCAACAACGACCCUCUCCCGCACCACCGGCCUCAUAGCUACCUACAAACACGCCUUCAAUGUACAUCCCACGCCGGUGCGGGACUACUACCCCACCUCCCUCAUCGACACCUUCAACGUGCUGAUCCGCGAUGUCUACAACCUCAUCUGGAUCUCGCGCGCGCUUUCGAUCGCCAAAGACGAUGCUGGCCGCGAUAAGGCUAUCGGUUUGCAUUGCGCCCCUACGCUUCGUGAGGGCCUUGCUGGAUACCUUAAUGCAGACUUUGAUCGCGAGUACGCGCUCGCUCCUGCGUUUGGCCUCUCGUACAAUCCUCAGACUGCCGCAUUAGCGGCCGGUGUGUGGGACACUAUCCAGGACGCGGAGUUGCGAAGGUUGUACGGGGGUGAUGGGGAAAGUGAGGAUGCCGAGAGACACUUGGGACCUGUCAGUCAGCGCAGCUUGGAUGUGUUGCGGAAAAGGGGUGGUGUGGAUAUUGAGUGGGAACGGUACCGGGUUGAGGUGCUGAGGUGGUUAGAAGCUAGGGGGUUAGCUGGGAUCAAGGAGUUUUUGUGGGCGAGCUCGGAGAGCUUGAAGAAGAAAUACGGGAAUUGA